AUGGUCGGGCGGGCGGUGUGUUGUCAUCGGCGGAGCGACGGCCAGAGGUGGCGGCGUAGGCCCCGGCGGGGCGUUUGGUUUCUGUUUGGCCCUGACUGGAAUUGGUGUUGACGGUCGAAAUGGGAGUCCCCAAGUUUUACCGAUGGAUCUCGGAACGGUAUCCCUGCCUCAGCGAAGUGGUGAAAGAGCAUCAGAUUCCUGAAUUUGACAAUUUGUACCUGGAUAUGAAUGGAAUAAUACAUCAGUGUUCCCAUCCUAAUGAUGACGAUGUUCACUUCAGAAUUUCAGAUGAUAAAAUCUUUAAUGAUAUUUUUCACUACUUGGAGGUUUUGUUUCGCAUUAUUAAGCCUAGAAAAGUGUUCUUUAUGGCUGUUGAUGGUGUGGCACCUCGAGCAAAAAUGAACCAGCAACGUGGAAGGCGUUUUAGGUCAGCAAAGGAGGCAGAAGACAAAAUCAAAAAGGCAAUAGAAAAGGGAGAAACUCUUCCUACAGAGGCCAGAUUUGAUUCCAACUGUAUUACACCAGGGACUGAAUUCAUGGCCCGGUUACACGAACAGCUGAAGUAUUUUGUAAAUAUGAAGAUUUCCACAGACAAGUCAUGGCAAGGAGUUACCAUCUAUUUCUCAGGCCAUGAGACUCCUGGAGAAGGAGAACAUAAAAUCAUGGAAUUUAUCAGAUCCGAGAAAGCAAAGCCAGAGCAUGAUCCAAACACGAGACACUGUCUUUAUGGUUUAGAUGCUGACUUGAUUAUGCUUGGAUUAACAAGUCACGAGGCUCAUUUUUCUCUUUUAAGAGAAGAGGUUCGCUUUGGUGGCAAAAAAACACAAAGGGUAUGCGCACCAGAAGAAACCACAUUUCACCUCCUACAUUUGUCUUUAAUGAGAGAGUAUAUUGAUUAUGAAUUUUCAGUAUUAAAAGACAAGAUCUCAUUUAAAUAUGAUAUUGAAAGGAUAAUAGAUGAUUGGAUUUUGAUGGGAUUUCUUGUUGGCAAUGAUUUUAUUCCUCAUCUACCUCAUUUACAUAUUAAUCAUGAUGCACUGCCUCUUCUUUAUGGAACAUAUAUUACUAUCCUGCCAGAACUUGGGGGUUAUAUCAAUGAAAGUGGACAUCUUAACUUACCUCGAUUUGAGAGAUACCUUAUAAAAUUAUCAGAUUUUGAUCGUGAACACUUCAGUGAAGUUUUUGUGGACCUAAAGUGGUUUGAAAGCAAAGUUGGUAACAAGUACCUCAAUGAAGCAGCAGGUAUCGCAGCUGAAGAAGCCAAGAAUUACAAGGAAAAGAAAAAAUCAAAGGUCCAGGAAAACUCCAUCUGUUGGGCUGCUUUAGACAAAAAUGAAUCUGAAGUGACAGCAUCUAAGGAUAAUUUGGAAGAUGAAACUGAAGAUGAUGACCUAUUUGAAACUGAGUUUAGACAAUAUAAGAGAACAUAUUACAUGACGAAGAUGGGGGUUGAUGUAGUGUCUGAUGACUUUCUGGCUGAUCAAGCUGCAUGUUAUGUUCAGGCAAUACAGUGGAUUUUGCACUAUUACUAUCAUGGAGUUCAGUCCUGGAGCUGGUAUUACCCUUAUCAUUAUGCACCAUUUCUAUCAGAUAUUCGGGACAUCAGUACACUUAAAAUCCAUUUUGAACUAGGGAAACCUUUUAAGCCAUUUGAGCAGCUUCUUGCUGUACUUCCAUCAGCUAGCAAAAAUUUACUCCCGAUUUGUUACCAGCAUUUGAUGACCAGUGAAGAUUCACCAAUUAUAGAAUACUAUCCACCUGAUUUUAAAACUGAUCUGAAUGGAAAACAACAGGAAUGGGAAGCUGUGGUAUUAAUACCUUUUAUUGAUGAGAAGCGAUUGUUGGAAGCCAUGGAGUCAUGUAACCACUCCCUCAAAAAAGAAGAGAGAAAAAGGAAUCAACAUAGUGAGUGCCUAAAAUGCUGGUAUGAUGGAGACAUGGAGUUUACUUACCCCUCUCCGUGGCCAGAAAAAUUCCCUGACAUACAACGAUGUUGCACAAGGUACAAAAUCAUAUCUUUAGAUGCUUGGCGUGUAGACAUAAGCAAGAACAAAAUAACGAGGGUUGACCAGAAAGCGUUAUAUUUCUGUGGAUUUCCUACUCUGAAACACAUCAAACACAAAUUUUUUUUAAAGAAAAGUGGUGUACAAGUAUUCCAACAAAGCAGUCGUGGAGAGAACAUGAUGUUAGAAAUCUUACUGAAUGCAGAUUCAGAUGACCUUAGUAUAGAAAAUGUAGCAUCGUCCAUACUUGGAAAGUCUGUCUUUGUUAAUUGGCCUCAUCUUGAAGAAGCUCGAGUUGUAGCUGCAUCAGAUGGAGAAACUAAGUUUUACUUGGAAGAACCUCCAGGAACACAGAAGCUUUAUUUGGGAAGAAUGGCCCCGCCGUCUAAAGUGGUCCAUCUUGGAGAUAAAGAACAAUCUAACUGGACAAAAGAAGUACAAGGAAUUUCAGAACAUUACCUGAGAAGAAAAGGAAUAAUAAUAAAUGAAACAUCUGCAGUUAUAUAUGCUCAGUUACUCACAGGUCGUAAAUAUCAAAUAAAUCAAAAUGGUGAAGUCCGACUAGAGAAACAGUGGUCAAAACAAGCUCUUCCUUUUGUUUAUCAAACUAUUGUUAAGGACAUUCGCACUUUCGACUCCCGUUUCUCCAAUAUCAAAACAUUAGAUGACUUGUUUCCUCCUAGAAGUAUGGUCUUUAUGCUGGGAACCCCCUAUUACGGCUGCACUGGAGAGGUUCAAGAUUCAGGUGAUGUGAUUACAGAAGGUAGGAUUCGUGUGGUUUUCAGCAUUCCGUGUGAACCCAAUCUUGAUGCUUUAAUACAGAACCAGCAUAAAUAUUCUAUAAAGUACAACCCAGGAUAUGUGUUGGCAAGUCGCCUUGGAGUGAGUGGAUACCUUGUUUCAAGGUUUACAGGAAGUAUUUUUAUUGGAAGAGGAUCUAGGAGAAACCCUCAUGGAGACCAUAAAGCAAAUGUUGGUUUGAAUCUCAAAUUCAACAAAAAAAAUGAGGAGGUUCCUGGAUAUACCAAGAAAGUUGGAAGUGAAUGGAUGUAUUCAUCUGCAGCAGAACAACUUCUUGCUGAGUACUUAGAGAGAGCUCCAGAACUAUUUUGUUAUAUAGCCAAAAAUAGCCAAGAAGAUGUGUUCUAUGAAGAUGACAUUUGGCCAGGAGAAAAUGAGAAUGGAGCUGAGAAAGUUCAAGAAAUUAUUACCUGGCUAAAGGGACAUCCCGUCAGUACUUUAUCUCGUUCAUCUUGUGAUUUACAAAUUCUGGAUGCAGCUAUUGUUGAGAAAAUCGAGGAAGAAGUAGAAAAAUGCAAGCAAAGAAAGAAUAGCAAGAAGGUCCGAGUGACAGUGAAGCCCCAUUUGCUGUACAGACCUUUAGAACAGCAACAUGGAGUAAUUCCUGAUCGCGAUGCAGAAUUUCGACUCUUUGACCGUGUUGUAAAUGUGAGGGAGAACUUUUCAGUUCCUGUUGGCCUUCGAGGCACCAUUAUAGGCAUUAAAGGGGCUAAUAGAGAAGCUGAUGUACUAUUUGAAGUAUUAUUUGAUGAAGAAUUUCCUGGAGGUUUAACAAUAAGGUGUUUACCUGGUAGAGGUUAUCGACUGCCAACAAGUGCCUUAGUGAAUCUUUCUCACGGGAGUCGCUCUGAAACUGGAAAUCAGAAGUUGACAGCCAUAGUGAAACCUCAACCAGUUGUGAAUCAUUAUUGCUCGAAUUCAUCAGUUUCAUCAGGGCGUUUGGGAGGCCUCAACCAUUCCCCUCAAUCACUUUUUGUUCCUACUCAAGUAUCUCCUAAAGAAGAUGAUGAAUUUUGUAACAUUUGGCAGUCCUUACAAGGAUCUGGAAAGGGUCAAUAUUUUCAGCCAGCUAUUCAAGAGAAGGGCACACUUUUACCACAAGAACUAAAUCAAGUAAUGCAACACCAUAAAUCUGGCAUUAAUGACAGCAGUAUUAAAGGUCAGCAAAGAAAACAUGACCCUUACAGAAAAUUUAAAGAAGAAUGUAAGAGUCCUAAAAAUGAGUGUCGAUCACAAAAAAUGUCAAAUAAACAGCCUAGUCCUGGAAUCGAGAACUUUUUAGCAUCCUUGAAUAUCUCCAAAGAAAAUGAAGUACAGUCAUCUCAUCACAAAGAGCCUGCAAGUGAAGAACAUUUGUCACCACAGUCUUUUGCUAUGAAGGGAACACGGAUGCUUAAAGAAAUACUGAAAAUUGAUGGCUCUGACUCUGUGAACUCUAACAGUGAAGUGAACACAUUUGGUAAUGAAGCCGCUGUUUCUUCUAAUAGAAGAGAUGAAUAUGGACCUUCUUCACAGCCUAAGCAAAACAAGAAAUUAGUCUCUUACAUGAACAAGUCUCACAGUGCUAAUGAGUACCAUAAUGUUCAAUCUGUGGAUAAUGUAUGUUGGCCUGCUCCCAGCCAGAUCCCUCCUGUGUCCACACCAGUGACUGAACUUUCUCGAAUUUGUUCCCUUGUUGGAAUGCCACAACCAGAUUUCUCCUUUCUUCGAACACCACAGACAAUGACAGUCUGCCAGGUAAAAUUAUCUAAUGGUUUACUGGUACAUGGACCACAGUGUCCCUCUGAAAAUGAAGCCAAGGAGAGAGCUGCACUUUUUGCUUUGCAACAAUUGAGCUCAUUGGGAGUGAAUUUCUCUGUGCCUCUACCAAUAUUUCCAAAUUAUCCUCCUGCUGUACCACCUGGAACCAUUCCUCCAGUUUUUCCCCAACCUGCCGCCAAUAUGAUGCCUUCAUCAUCUCAUUUCUUUGGCUCAAUGCCAUGGAGACAGCCAGUGCCUGUAACUGGAAAACCUUUACAUCAUGCUUCAUAUACUGGGACCAUGCCCAUGACCGGGGGAGUACCAGGGGCUGUGCACAGUCAGUUCAUACCUCUGCAGGUUACUAAAAAACGAGUUGCAAACAAAAAGAAUUUUGAGAAUAAGGAGCCUCAGAGUUCUUCUCAAGCUACCCCACUUCAGACUAGCCAGCCAGGGUCUUCUGACACCACCAAAGUGAUUCCACAGGAAAGUUCAACAGCUUCCACAAAGUCCCAUCAGAUCACUCAGCCUGCAUCUUUUCAAGUUGACACUGCCUCCCCAGGCCAUAGCAUGUCUCAUCGUAAGUCAACACCAAGUUCUUCAAGAAGAAAACCAAGAAAAUUGGCUGUCAAUUUUGGCGUGUCUAAACCUUCUGAAUAAAUUUGGUACUUGGAACUAAAUUUCUUUUCUUUCCCUUUUAUGAGAUGUAGCCCAGAUCUAUGUUUCAUAAAAAUUAGAAUGUACUAUUUUUAAGAUAGUAUGUUUGAGUUGAAAAGUUUUAAUAUUUUAGUUGUCAGGCACUUUUUAUGCUGUUUAAAAGACUAUAUAUAUCACUUUAAAAAUGUGCAGUUUGUUGUACGUUAAUUAUACCUCAACAAAGCUGUUUUAAACAAACUGUAAAUUAAAACCUUGUGUUAAAAUAAUAGCAGUGGACUAAGCAUUAAAAUGUACCACU